GGCUAAAAAAAUUGUAUUAGGUGAAUGCCAACAAACAGUGAGGAAGAAUGACAAGGAUUAGGUUUUCAAAGAAAAAGUACUUAUCAUUGUAGCAUUUUUUGCAGAAUAUGAAAUUGGGGUGCUUAUUGGGGGCUCCUCUGUGGAACAGUCUAUAAAAUCUGUGCUACAGCAAAACUCCUUUCCUUGAGAACUGGAGGCUUUGGAUCUUAUCUCCAGCAUAAUGUGUCCAGUGUAUAGUCAAGUAUGAGCUCAAGGUGAUGCCCUUCCUGUAAUCAUUCCUUGGCCAGCCCUUUAUUCCAAAAAGCAUGCUGUUCACCAGGAAUCAUGAAACCAUGGAAAAAUACUUAGAAAUCAAUUAAGAAAAUUAAAUCCUAAAAAAAUAAAAAUUUAAAAUUUGAUAACAAAAAGCAAUGUUAUUCACCACUGAACAUACAACUCUUCUCUUCCAUCAUUUCAUAUUUUAUUUUUUGACAAUUGUGUGUAAGAACAAUAUCCAAUAUUUCAAAAAAAAUUGAAUCUUGGAUUCCCACCCCCAACCCCAAGAGUUCUUUAGAAAUCUUACACAGAUUUUGCAUAUACAAUCCUAUAAAACAUUUUUCCAUAUUGAUCCUUCUGUGGAACAAAUCUCAAACAAAAAUGUAAAAAGUUAAAAUAUUUUUUCUUUGAUCUGGAUUCAGACUUCUUCAGUUCUUUCUCUGGAAACAGAUAACAUUUUUUAUUACUAGUCUUUAGGAAUUGAUCAUUGUAUUGUUCAGAAUAACUCAAGUCAAAGUUGUUCUGCAUACAAUAUUUUGGUCACAAUGUGCAGUGGUUCUCCUGGUGUUUCUAAAUUCAGUCUGCAUCAGUUCUCAAGCCUUUCCAGGUAUUUCUCAGUUUCUCCUUCUCCUCAUGAAUUACAAAACAACAGUAUUCCAUUACAAUCAUAUGCCAUAAUUGAUUCAGUCAUUUCCCAAUUGACGAGUUCCCUCUAACUUCUUGAUUCUUUUGUCACCUCAAAAAGAGCAGCUUUAAGUGCUGGGGUUUUUUGGGUAUUUUUUUGGUAAAUACAUACAGGUCCUUUUCCAUUUUAAUGCCCUUUGGACAUAGUUCAAAAUUGCUCUUAAGAAAAGUUGAAACAGUUCACAACUCCACUGCAUUGUUCAUCAGUACCCGAGUUCUUCCACAUCUUCUCCAACUCUCUUCACGUUCCUUUUGUGUCAUAGUAGUCAAUUUAAUAGAAGUGGGGUGGUCCCUCAGACUUACUAUAAUUUGCAUUUCUCUAAAUAAAAGCAAUCACCCUCCUCCUGAGGAAAAUACAUACAACUUGAACACGUUCAUUAGGAAUUUCUGCACUAUGAACCCAACGAUAUGAAGAGAUGAUCUCUGGCUAAAAGCCUACCAUGAUUCCUGGUUGGACUUGAGCUGGAUUUCAUCAGAUUGGCAAUUAAGGGGUAUUUAGUUGGCAAUAUUUUCUACCUCCUCCCUACAUUUCCUUCUUUACUAUCUCUACCCAGUUCUCUGGCCUCGCCUUUUCCCACAUCACUUCCUGUCUCUCUGGUUUUUAUUUCCUUUUACUGUGGGCUGGUCUAUCACAUUGCAGGAACCACUUAGAGUUUCUUAUUUGCCUGGCACUGCCCAGGGGGAGGACAGUGCUUGUGGGGUCCACCUCCUGAUCUCUGAGGAUGUGAAAUUUAAUCAAAAGGAUCCUCAAGUUCCUGACUGAUUAAGUUAAAGGGGUGAAGCACUCCAAGUACUUGUGAUUCCCUUUCUUAGUUAUGACACCUAGAUCUUGUGCUCGAUCCAGCAAGUUUGUGCUUUGACUUCCCUAGUGUUUGGACUGGCUCCAAUGUUAUUACAUGUCUCCAGCUGCUCAUAUCUAUUUCAAUGUACCUUGCUUUAAGUUGACCUCCUGCCAACUUUGCUUAGCUGUAUGUAUGUAGUGGGCAUCCUUGUCUAAAUGUCAAAUACCUUUUCCAGAGCCCUGAGGAGAGGGGGCCACACUUCCUUUUGGCUCAUUCCCCUCUACCAAGUGAAAAAGGAGUAUAGGGAAGCCCCACAGAUGCAGAUAGUGGCAGAUCCACUCAGGGACCCCCCUGAAUACCCAGGCGGGUCUUUUAACCUCGUUAGUGAGAGCAAAACUGGACCCCUUUCUCUGCCUGAGCCAGUUGUGCAACCGCCUUGGAGCCAGUUGAUAGAAAAACCAGCAUCUCUUUUUUUUUAAGCUGGAGUACAACUGAGGAUCAGCACAAGGGGUCCCUGGCGCUAAGGGAUCUACCUCACUCCCCACAAUCUGGUCUUCUGGAUAACUAACUGCACAGCUCCGUUUCUAUCUAGAUUGUUCCCAAACUGACUAAGCAACCUAUCUAGGACCCUCAGUAGUCGGUUAGAUUCAUUCCCCAAAAGCUGUCUCUGAAAGCCGGUAGGAAUGAGCUCCAAUGGCUAAGUUCACUCCAAGGGUGAGCCCCUGAGGUGAACCAGCCAAGCCCAUCUGACAGGACUUUCUAGAUAAAACCUUCUGAAAAGAGCAGCAGGUCGGCUCAGAUCCUUUUCUAGAUCUUUCCAAGUCAGACAGAGACCCUCCAAAGAUGAACUCGGGUUACUCCUUCUCCUCAGUCAGGUGACGUAGAUGAGCUCCCAUAAGGCCAUUCCCGGACAGGAAGCUCCUAGCCUCCAACAGGAAGUCAGCGCUCCCGUGCAGGUGUCACUGCUCGGCCUUCUGCCUGCAGUCCUAGUCUGUGCCUUGGAGCCGGCCCUGCGCUCUCCUCAAGCUCUUCCAUCUCUGUCCUUUUCCCAGGCCACACGUGACCCAAUAGAUUUCCUCCUACAACGCUUCCAGGUGCUGGAGUUGGUCCUCGCACUAAGCCUCCGCAAUGGCACCGGCAGCACUUCUGCGACACGGAGUGGGAAGCAGCUGUGUGGGUGCCCUCAGUUUGGAAGAGGCCCGACAGGCACCGCGAGGGGAGCUCCUGGCUUGCGCAGUGCAUGAACGCGAGGCGAGGGCCAGGAUAACUGACCAGCCCAGGGUGCUUACACCGGAACUCCCGCUCGGGGGCGGGGCGUGGAGGGAGGAGCAGCCUCUCCGGGCGGCCGGCUCGCGCCUGCAGUUCCUACGAGCCAGGCAGGCUCAGCAGCCACAGCCCAGUAAAAGCAUCUUCAGAGGCGCGAGCCGAGGGGCUACCCCAGGCACGGAAACAGUCCCCGGGGGGCGGGGCCAGGGACAACCACGGAAGGGUUAGACAAAGGAGCGCCCAGCCAGGGAGCAGUGACUCGGCGCACCGCUCCGGGAGUACAACGGAAGACUGUGGCGGCACAAGAAAUGCCGAGAAGCAGCUCCGUCGGCACAGCCCAGGCUGAGGCCGCGCCCCACGCCCCGCCCCCCUCUCCUCUCGGACUCCCAGGGCCGGGUCUGAGAAGGGAGGCGGAGUUAGAGGAGCGAGCAGGGGGCGGAGGGAGAUGGGGAGGCGGAAGGAUGCCGGGAAGAAGCUCCAGGAAGCCUCACAGGGCAGAAGAGGGCCUCCUAGACAGGCUACGGAGAAAGGGAGCCCGACACCGGAAAAGGCCCGGAUCUGGCCGGACCGGACCAGGAACCCCACUCGGGCCUCCUCCCGGCGUCCUCCUGACUGGCUUCGGGAAGCAGCGCCAGAGAACGUCCCCUUCGGAGCGCGAGAGCCCCCCUGGAGAUCGAUCUGCUACCCAGAAUCCCCCGCGCGGUGCCCUCGGGCCCCCCUCCUGCCUUGCACAAAGCCGGAAUGCAGAGACCCCGAGGAAAGCGCAGCGCCCCGAGCUGUGUUAGGAGACAGAAGAGCUGGGAACGGGGGACGCCCGAGGCCCGGGAAAGCCAGGAGCCCGGAGCGCCCUACACUGAGCAGACGAGCACGGGCACCAGAAGGCCUGCGACCCACAGGGGAGGGGCGUGGCGGGGGCGGGGCUCACACUGGAGGACCCUAAGGCAGGCUCUGGAGAGCGGAGGGGGGGCGGGCCAGCCGCACAGGCCAAUCUAGCCCUUGAAGCGGCGGCGCAGAGGCCUCUGGGAACCCGGAAGUGAAGAUCGUACCGGGUUACCCCCGCCCCCACUUCCAAAGCUUUUCCCGCCGCGGCCCCGUAGCCGGCCGUAGAGCUCCCUCCGCCCCGCGACUCGAGCCUCGGGAGCCUGGAGUGCCCGGAUGGCCUUGGAGAGGGACAGACUCCCAGCCCAGGAGGUGGUGACGUUCAGGGAUGUGGCUGUGGACUUCACGCGGGAGGAGUGGCGCCUCUUGUCCCCUCUCCAGAAGGAGCUGUACAAGGAGGUGAUGUUGGAGAAUGCCCGGAACCUGCUCUCUGUUGGACUUCCAGCUCCCCCAGAAGAAGUGAUCUCUUAUUUGGAACAGAGGGAAGCCCCGUGGAUGCUGGAGCAAGAAGGCCUGAGUUGCUGCCCAGACGGGGAGAUUAGACCUGAAAUGAAGUCAAAUCCAACAGAGGUGAGCUAUCCUGUGGAAGAAAUGGACUUACAAAGAUUCAUGCAUAGCGUUCCUGAAAGCUUUUCUUCUAGGGAAUUCUGUGUUGCACAUCAAAAUUCAUCUCCUAUUGAACAUCAAAGAAAGCACCCUGAAGAAAAAUCUAGUGAAAAUAAUCAGUGUAGAAAUACUUUUAUACACAGAUCCAGUCUUGCUGGACAUGACAAAAUCCAUACUAGCAAGGAACGUUAUGGAAAGACAUUCAGUCAGAGCUCCAAUUUUGCUGGACAUCAGAGAAUCCACAGUGGAGAGAAACCUUAUAAAUGUAAUCAGUGUGGAAAGGUAUACAGUAGGAGCUCCCAUCUUGCUGUACAUCAAAGAAGCCACACAGGGGAGAAAGCUUAUAAACUUAAGCAAUGUGGAAAGGCAUUCAGUCAGAGGUCGAGUCUUGCUGUACAUCAGAGAAUCCACACAGGGGAGAAACCUUAUGAAUGCAAGCAAUGUGGAAAGACAUUCACUCGCAACUACAAUCUUGCUGUACAUCAGAGAAGCCACACAGGGGAGAAACCUUAUGACUGCAAGCAAUGUGGAAAGACAUUCAGUCAGAGGUCCCAUCUUGUUGCCCAUCAGAGACUGCACACUGGGGAGAGACCUUAUGAAUGUAAUCAAUGUGGAAAGACAUUCAGUAUGAGCUCCCAUCUUGCUGUACAUCAGAGAAUCCAUACAGGGGAGAAACCUUAUGAAUGCAAGCAGUGUGGAAAGACAUUCACUCGCACCUCCAGUCUUGCUGUGCAUCAGAGAAUGCACAAUGGGGAGAAACCUUAUGAGUGCAAGCAAUGUGGAAAGACAUUUAAUCAGAGGUACCAUCAUGCUGUACAUCAGAGAAUGCACACUGGGGAGAAACCUUAUGAAUGCAAGCAAUGUGGGGAGAAAUUCAGUCGGAGUUCCCAUCUUGCUAUACAUCAGAGAAUGCACACUGGGGAGAAACCUCAUGAAUGCAAGCAGUGUGGAAGGACAUUCAAUCAGAAGUCCCAUCUUGCUAUACACCAGAUAACGCACACAGGAGAGAAACCGCAUGAAUGCACACAAUGUGGAAAGGCAUUCAGUCAGAGGUCGAGUCUUUCAGUACAUCAGAGAAUGCACACUGGAGAGAAACCUUAUGAAUGCAAGCAGUGUGGAAAGGCAUUCACUCGCACCUACCAUCUUGUUGUACAUCAGAGACUGCACACUGGGGAGAAACCUUUUGAAUGUAAGCAAUGUGGAAAGACAUUCAACCAGAGGUCCAGUCUUACUGUACAUCAGAGAAUCCACUGGGGAAAAACGUUAUGAAUGCCAGCAGCGUGGAAAGACAUUCAUUUGCACCUCCAGUCUUGCUGUACAUCAGGGAAUACAUACUGUGGAGAAAUCUCAUGAAUCCAAACAAUGUUCAAAUAAAUUCAACCAGAGAUCCCAUCUUGCUGUACAUCAGAGAAUGCACUCUGGGGAGAAACCUCAUGAAUGCAAGCAUUGUGGAAGGACAUUCACAUGUACCUCCAGUCUUGCUAAACAUCAGAGAAUGCACACUAGGUAGAAACCUCAUGAAUGCAAAUUAUGGAAAGAUAUUCAAUCAGUGGUACCAUCUUGCUAAAUAUCUCAGAAUCCACACUGGGGAGAAACCUCAUAAAUAUAAUCAAUGUGGAAAGGCAUUCAGUAUGAACUCCCAUCUUACUGUACAUAAGAGAAUGCACACUGGAGAAACUUUAUGAAUGCAAGCAGUGUGGAAAAACAUUGAAUCGGAGGUCCAAUCUUGCCAUACAUCAGAGAACCCACAUUAGAGAAACCAAGUGAAUGCAAGUAAUGUGGAAAGACAUUUAGUUGUGACUUCAGUCAUGCUAUAUAUGAAAGCCAAAUGAGGGAGAAACUUCAAGAUUAAAAGCUCUGUGGAAAAGUCUUCAUAUUCAGCUCCAGUCUUACUAUGUUGUGGAGUAAAUUUUCCUCCUUUUUGGGGCAGCAUUAUGGAAUUAGAAAUCUAUUACCCUAAAAACUGAUUCUUAACAUCCCAUUUAUCCUGUUCUUACAUGCUGUCACAGACAGGAUAGAAAUUUGUAGGAGCCUUGCCUCUCACACUUUUCUACCUCUAAGGGUAGCUGAGAACAUGGGGAUUUUUGAGCAGCUAGAAAACUUAAGUCAUGUGUUUCUAUUUUAAAAUUAUAAUUGAAUCUUGUGUAUUAAUCCAAAAUCUUAUGUGUUUUAAAAUAGUAAACAACAUUUGUGUCAGGAUGCAGGUACUGAAUUUAAGAAUGCUCUUCUUAAAUUCCUAUAUCUGUUGUUAUAGAGCCUUAUUUACUAUUCAGAAAGUAAUGAAUUGACACAGUGAUGGAGUCUGAAGAACUACAAAUUCAACUCUAGACUGCAGCUUCCUUCUGCUCCCUAGUGUCACCAUCCACCUACAUUCCAUAGGUCACAUCUCUGGGAUCUCCCAUAGAGAGAUGGAGUUCUGCACUAAGUAUAGUGUGAAGGAAUCUCACUUUGGAUGUGUUGUAGAGACUGGGCAGGCCAAAAUGGCAAGGGGGACCAGGAAGGUAAAUUUCGCCCCUGAAUUUCAGGAUACUCUAGAUAAUUUAAAGGACCAGUGCUCUCAGGAAAAGUAGUUAUUUGAGAUAAGUAAUUCACUGCCCUUCCAUAGAGUGAGCCAUCCUUGCAAUUCUACUUCCUGUCUAUAGUUUGGAGAAGUAACCUUCCUUGCUCUCCCCUCUAGGGGUAAAAUGCCAGAGGCCACAUGUUUCCAGGGACCUGCUUUCAGGCCAUGUGGCUGGAAAAAAUAAGGUUUAAGUGGCUACUAUGCUUGAGAACCACAAGGGGACUUGGAAAAAGGAAAGAGUAGACUACAGAGAGCAAAAUUGGGCUAAAAUUUGUUAAAUUUACCUUAGCAAUCAACACCCUGUAAUAACAAAAGAUUAAGAUUAAUUCUUUCUCCAGUUUUCUGGAAUGUUAAACUAGAGACAGUGUCUUUUUGGAGUAUUUGGGUUGCUCCCCCUCAGGUGAAGGAAGCCAGAAGGGUUAGAGUCCAGUUUUUGCUAAAACACACAUACACACCUGGCUUAAGGGGUCACAGUGAACAAUGGCUAUCCAGCUACCAGCAAUAUCAAGGAAAGGGAUUUGUAUUUUCCUGGUCUCAAUAGACCAGCUGCAAGGACUGCCAGCUCACAGCAGCAGCAGCAGCAACAUCAACAGUAAGAACAGCAGCAGCAGGAGCACCCAAGCAGUGAGGGAGGGAGAGAAGAGCAGGCAGCAGCAGCAAAGGCCAAAAAACUGGCACAGGGCCAUAGCAGGAGAAACAUGGUUUCUUUUCAAAAUAAUCUACUCAUAAUUAAGGGUUCUGAACCCCACUUCUGUGGUCACCAUAAAUAUAAGAUUUAGAUUAAUAUCCAAUGCCUGAAUUAUAUUUAACAAAGCUUAUAUAUAACAAAAUAGAACCAUGUGACUAAGUUGUUUAAAAAUUAAAAUUAAAUCUUGAUAGUAGAAAUAUUUUAAGGAAUUUAUUAAUGAUCAUUAGAAGUCAAGGAAUAAAGAGGAUACAAAAUGAAAGACCUCAUGCCUAUGUCUUAUCAGCCAUUUCAAAACCCCUGCCUUACCACUGCCAUCGUGUUCGCUGCUUCCUCUGUUUACAGGAAGUAUGUGAUGACGAAGUCAGUGGGCUCCCCGGGAAUGUAGAUCCUUUUUAGGGUAACAGAUUUUCAAUUAUACGUUCCCCCCGAUGAUCAUUGGGGGAGGGCUAGUCUCUCCAAUUUGAUCAUUUAACAUAAUCAAGUUUUAAAUUACAGGAAUUUGGGGAUAGAGGGGAAAAGAACAAACCCAUGAUUGUGUAAGGAUAAUUUUUGGGAAGUGACGGUUAUGCAGUAAAAAAAUCAACCGACCUACACUCUGGUAUAUCUGGGAUGACAGAACGUUCCGUGCGUGGUCCCAGGAACAACAGGGACCUUGGGUAUGCCAACAAUCACCCACCUGGCCCAUGGGUAUGCCAAAAAUAGUGCACCUUUCAUGUCUGUCCAAACAUCACCCACUUGUUAUGCUAAUCACCCACUUGUUAUGUCAACCUAGCCAAAAUCAUUGAUUAACAGAAUAUUCUAAAAAUAUUGUCAUUCCCCACCAAGUAACUCAUCUACGGCUGCUUUAACCAACAUAAACUCCACUCUGACUCUGCCUCUUCAGAAUUCACUUGCUGAGCUUCCCCUAGCAUGCUAGUAAUAAACUUCCCCUUGCCUGAA